UAAUUAAAGGAUCACUGUGGAGGAUUUAGCCACCCUUAAACUUGAAGGGAGUCAUGCCUUCCUAGUUCCUUCUUUCUAGUCCGUUCCCCCCAAUUUCUAUACUUCUUCUUCCUCCUCUUAUCUCCUCCUCUCAACUUACUGAAGUAUUGAAGUACUCGCGUUUCAAUUCUCAUUCCAUGGCGAACAAGCUCUGCAAUCAGGAUAUUUUGGAGCAGCUGAGAAAUGGUACAGCAAAAUUUGAGCUUGUAUCUUCGCCACUUCCUUCACUUGCUGCUGCUGCUGCUCCUAAAUCCAGUAACAUCACAAGCUUAUUUGGAAUCGGAAAUUGUAGCACUAGCACUCUUUUUUUCGCUAGAAUUUCCUCAUCACUUGGUGGACAGUCUCCAGCUAUGAAGAAGCUAGAGCAGUUUUCGGUUCAGAAGGUCACAGGGGAUGGAAGGUGUAUGUUUCGUGCACUGGUCAAAGGAAUGGCUUACAAUAAGGGAGUCUCUCUUAACCAACGCAAAGAGAGAGAAGAUGCAGAUGAACUAAGAAUGGCUGUGAAAGAAGUUAUAUGUGAUAAUAAUGGAGAACGUAAAUUAUAUGAAGAAGCUCUCAUUGCCAUCACAGUUGAUGAGUCUCUACCACGUUACUGCCAACGAAUUGCGCGAUCUGAUUUUUGGGGAGGAGAGUCGGAGCUGCUGGUACUGUCAAAGUUAUGUAAGCAGCCAAUUAUUGUUUACAUACCAGAGCAUGAGCAUAGAGGGAGUGGUUGGGGAUCUGGUUUCAUUCCCAUUGCGGAGUAUGGAAGUGAGUUCAUAAAGGGUGCUAGAAACAGGAAUCCCAAGAAACCUGUGAGGCUAUUGUACAGUGGUAAGAACCAUUAUGAUCUUUUGCUAUGAGGAACUGCUUGAUGAUGGAUGAGGAGACAAGGAAAGGAAAGAAAGAAAAUGAGAGGCAAUUUCAAAUGCCAUUUUUGCUUUGUUGAUAUUCAGAUGUUAUAAUUUGUUUUUGAUAUUUAACCUACUUGUAACAAGUAAACAACAAUUGUGAACCUUUUGAUGUAUUCUUCUUUUCCUAGUUGACAAUGUGACAAUGUGUCAUUUAUUUUAUUCUUCCUUCAACAACAAACAAUGACAUCAA